AUUGAGAGGAAAGGGUGCCGGUACACUGCCACCAGACGUAUGAUGGCCGCGUCGUUCUUGUUAUAGUAAGAGAUGGGCGGCGGUGGCAGAUAAGACGACUUGGGUGUGUAACCUCUUGAGAAGACGCCUGGCAGGAAACGGUAGUGGGAACAGCUUGCAGUCACCGGGAGAUGUCCGCGGGUACCCUUGCUGACUGUUUGCCGGAUUCCGGAAGAGGUUUGGGCCGAUGCUCCCGGCAGCGGCGGUGUUGCCGCCAGCUGUGGAGCGAGGGGCAUGUGGGGAGUCCCAAGGUCAGCGGGGCGUGCCUCCUCCUUGCUGCGACGAGCAACACCGAGCGCCACCCCACGCUGAGCCAUCCCUGAUUCCCUGCCAUAAACGAGACGCAAGCCACGACAGUGAUCAUCAUGUCCCGCACUUUUUGUGUGCUGCUUUUACUGGCUCCCCACGGAGUCCUCCUCACCAGCCAAAUGGAAGAACUACAUGUCACCUUCAUCAGCCCUGAGUUCCCUACUCUCAAGGUUAAGGCUGACUGCAGCGACGACGACCCGUCUGGAGGUCCAAUGAAAAUACGCGUUUACCCGUGCAUCCGGAAGUCAAGACGCUUACCCGAUACAACAGAAAUAUGGGGGGUUUGCAAGGAAGACGGUGUGAAAGUCUGCCUCAGUCCGUUGCUUCGGGACGAGGAAUGCGUCAUAAUACUAGGACGAAAGGGUGAUGUGACAUACAAGUCUCCCGAGCUAAGCCUGACCAACGUGACGUUUCUCAACAGAACAAAUUUACGCGUUAAAACUACUCCCUGGAAACAACAAGGCAACACAUCGGUGAUCCGCCUCCAGCCGGUGGUCGGUGUUCCCAUCUACACGCUCCGGCUCGAGGGUGACAGCAACAACAAGGUUUCAGAACGUACGAUUCAAAGGCGUCAGACAUAGCUCGUGAAUGGGUGGGACAGUUCAAGAAACGACUAUGAUUCGCCGACAACUCUAAUCGCGCUACAUCACCGCUUCCGAAGUCUUCCACCAACAGUCUGGCCUACGACCUUUCUGAAUUAGGUUACAACACGAGUCGUUUGGACCACCUAAGGUAGGAGUUUGUAGGUUUAAAAUGCCUGGUAGGGCCCCCCAGCAGAAUCG